GCCGCAACAGACCAUAGGUUACGUGCGUAAGUGCGUGCCUUUCGUAGAAUCGCUGCGCGCGACUCUUCUGGACUCUUCGCCGUCGUCGUCUUUCCGUGUUCUUCCUAUGAUUCGACAGUGAAAGCCGCUAUUCGUUAACGAGAGAGAAUCGGCACAUGACACGUUGAUUCCUGGUGACUUGGAGUCGAGUGGCAGGAAAGCGAGACUCGAGAUCCGUUGUGUACGCGUCCGAGCCCAGCCUCCUCGCGAGUGCGUGCGUGCGUGCGUACUUGGCGUGCGUCGUACGUGUGUGUUUGAUAUUUCUGCGUCCUGCUAGAUCCAAAAAGCGGCGAGCUGACGCUAGGAUGACCAGCGGCGAGGAGACUGACAGGAGUGUGAUGAACGUCGAAACCGUGUACCAUGAGGUCAACUCCAAGAACGGUUGGGCGUCUUUCUAUCAGAGCAUACGUAGCGAAUGUGAAGCUUUUGAAUAUACAUGCAAUGAAUCAAAAAAACCACAGAACAAAACCCUGAAUCGCUACAGGGAUGUAGCGCCAUAUGAUCACACUAGGAUUAUACUCAAAAGAGGUGUAUGUGAUUACAUUCAUGCCAAUCUUAUACAGGUGGAUCAUGCUGAAAGGCAAUAUAUCCUGACGCAAGGACCUUUGCCAAAUACUGUCAGUCAUUUUUGGUUAAUGGUAUUGGAGCAAAAUAGUAGAGCUGUAUUGAUGUUAAACAAGAUAAUCGAGAAGAACCAAAUCAAAUGUCAUCAAUAUUUUCCAUUGGAUGAUGUAAAACCUACUUUAACAUUCGAAGAUGUCAGUAUAAAAGUGGAUUAUAUCAGCAAGAAAGAGUCGUCAGAUUAUACUACUAGAACUUUACGUAUAACGGAUUUGGAAAGUAACGAUAGUAGAGAAGUCUUACAUUUUCAUUAUACCACUUGGCCAGACUUUGGAGUACCACAACGUCCAACGGCCUUUUUACGUUUUUUGGCAGACGUCAGGAAAUCAGGAGCGUUAGAUCAAAAUGUUGGCCCACCCAUCGUUCAUUGUUCUGCAGGAAUAGGAAGAUCGGGAACAUUUUGCUUGGUUGAUGCAUGCCUAGUACUGAUUGAAAAAUACGGUUUAAAUGCUCUAAAUGUACGGCAUGAAUUGCUGGAAAUGAGACGGUCUCGUAUGGGUCUCAUACAAACACCUGAACAACUUUGUUUUUCAUAUGCUGCCAUCAUUCAAGGAGCAAAACAAUUACCACUCGAAAACAUGGAUAUAAACAACGAAACAACUUAUGAUGAAAUAAUAACAACUUAUGACGAAAUGAAUAAUAAGAGUAACCAUCCAUUAGAAAGAGACGACGAACCUCCUCCUCUACCACCUCCUAGAGGAGAGUCUUUAACUCGUAGUAUGAUGGCAGAUCUAAGUCCGGAUGGUUCGACUGAUACUGAUGAAGUAAGUGGACCACCUGAUAAACCUCUGCCAAGUGAACCACCGAAUCAUGUAGAAUUAUCAGAUACAAACCUAUCUACAUCUAUUUCAAAUUAUGUAUGCGAACAACAUGCGGAUGAUGGCGUAGUACUUGACGAAAGUCUUUCCAAUGACGCUGAGAACUCUAUUCUAACAAACAAUUCUCCGUCCAAUUCAGACGCGAAAGGGGAAGUACGUCGGCGCAAAACGGAAAAAAAUGAACGAUUAGCUACGCAAAUACGCGAGAUGAAACGUCGAGGGAAGGAGAUGGAAGAACGGCAGACAGUCAAGAGGUCAUUAUUUAAAAUCACCCCUCUUAAAAUAGGCUUAGGCUUUGUCAGUGGGGGUAUCAUAGCGAUCUGUUGCUACCUGUACAUGCGUAGUUAGAUCUGUCGCAUUUAAGGAUAUCAUACGUACGUAUAUACACGCAUCACCUUUCGAACUAUCGAUAACAUUUCGAUGACUUGCAAUAGAAAGUGUUACUCUUAACAUAAGAUUCUGUUGCGAGGUUUUAAUAAUCUUGGCUGAAAUCUUCGAGAGAGUAACUAAACAAAGGAUUUUGUAUCAUACGAUCGGCAGUAAAAUCACAUCGCCAGCAAUACCGCAAACGAUACUACUGUCUCCGUUAUCGAAAGAACAAGCAAUGAGCAAAAGAAAUAAUAAAAAACGAUAGAAACGAAAUAAAACAAUGCUAGAAACCGCAAGGUAGUACAUUCUUGGACUGCAUUGUUAUAUAUUCGAAAUGAGAAUGGAUACAUAUGAAGGAGAAA